CCACCAUUCAUUUGAAAGUUUAGAUGUCCCUAUGAUGUAUCGACAAUUAAUCAUUUUGUCUGUUUUAAUUAAUUUUUUACAUGCUGGUGAACAGAACUUAUCAAAACAUGCGAAUGAAAACGCGCUGACAGCUGAAGAUGAUAAAUACGUAAACACGUCAACCCACAACAUGACAUACAUUGACAAAGCAGAAAACAUGAUCCGUCUACCAGCCUUGAACAAAUACUACGAAGACAGAAAGUUGAGAAGAAAAACUUUGAAGAAAUCACCAAGAAGGACAAUACAGAAGAUUAUAAAGAAGAACAAGAACAAGCUAAAGAAGUUGUACAUUAUAAAGAUGACAAGCUUUCCUACGGUGAUGCCGAAGGUUGAAUACGAUAAUUUGCCACAAGAAGACUUAUCAAUGCGCAAAGAUGAGACGACCACUCCACCACAGAAGAAGAGAUUGAGGAAAUACAACCCGAAACUUCCUCGGAAUCCUAUGCCUUUCCACCAGAUGCAAGGACGGAAGGUGAAAAGAGAUAAAAGACAAACAAGAGAUGUCUUCAUACUGAAGGAUUUGGAUGAAAUGAAGUUUUUGCACCAAAAGAAAGAUUAUAACGUUGUGAAUGCUCACUUUAAAAAGUAUUGGUAGUUAUUUAUAUUGAAAUUUGAUCGUCUUUUGUUUUAUUGUCAGGAUUGUGGAAAUACAUAUGAUUUGCUUAAUGCCAUAAAUCAUUCAUUACCACUCAACCCAUCGGGUGAUGAUGAUAUUAACCUGAAGUGAUAAUUUUCGACUUUCCUUAUAAUAAAUUAAGAGACAAGUGAUAGUUUAGUUUUAGAAGAUGAUAUUUAUUCAUAGUCUGUUUUAGUGUAAUAACAACUGCGCACACACUGUCGGAUUUUUUUCUCGGUUUUAUAUAGUGCAGUAGCGUUUUCAUGCGAAAACCGAUCGAAAAUUCCACUGGUGUGGAAGUGACACUAAUAAUACAAAAGAAAAUUGAAUACUGAAGUAGGUAUAUAAUUUUUUUCACAAACUUAGAUAUCUCUUAUAAUAAGAGUAUAAUUUUAUAGAAAAACAACAAAAUAGUUUUUUAUAUUUAAUUUAAGGAUUUUCGACAAAAACUAACUACUCUAGAUGGUUGUUCAGAAUUUUGUUAUAGCCAUUUUUGUACUUUUAAUAUUAUUUUUAUAAUAGGUACAUAGUUUAUUCCCUGGCUCUGCCCGUUAAUUGUUUAAGAUUGUUCGUA